ACUCUCUUGAACAAUCUCAUUUCUCUACUAAGUGAUAUGGAGUCAUGCAGCAAAUUUUCUCUCCUAUGUGUAGUCUUCUCCCUUUGCCUCCUCAAAUGCUCCGCAAUUCCUAGAGAUUAUUCGAUCGUUGGCUACUCAGAAAAGGACCUUAUGUCUCGAGAUAGUCUGAUCGAUCUCUUUGAAUCGUGGAUGGACAAACACGCCAAAAUUUACGAUAAUUUUAAGGAGAAGCUUAUGAGGUUUGAGAUAUUUAAGGAUAAUUUGAUGCAUAUUGAUGAAACUAACAAGAGGGAGAGUAGCUACUGGCUUGGGCUCAAUGAGUUCGCUGAUAUGAGUCAUGACGAGUUCAAGGAGAAGUACCUUGGAUUGAGGCCUGAUUUCAGAAAGAGAAUGGAGGGGUACUGCGAGAGCCGUGAAGAUUUCAGGGAUGAGGAUGCUCCUAAGUUGCCAAAGUCAGUGGAUUGGAGGAAGAAGGGAGCGGUGACUUAUGUGAAGAACCAAGGACAAUGUGGGAGUUGCUGGGCUUUCUCAACGGUAGCAGCUGUUGAAGGCAUAAACCAGAUCGUUACGGGAAACCUGACGGCGCUAUCAGAGCAAGAGCUUAUCGACUGCGAUAACAAAUUCAACAACGGUUGCAAUGGAGGUCUCAUGGACUACGCAUUCAAGUUCAUAGCCUCCAACGGUGGACUUCACACCGAGGAUGACUAUCCUUACCUCACGAGAGUAGGCAAAUGCGAUGAGGCGAAGAAAGAUAUGGAGGUUGUGACUAUUAGUGGGUAUGAAGAUGUGCCAAGAAACAGUGAAGUGAGCCUGCUUAAAGCGUUGGCUCAUCAGCCUGUUAGCGUUGCUAUAGAAGCCUCCGGGAGAAAUUUCCAGUUCUACAGUGGGGGGGUUUUCGAUGGACACUGUGGGACUGAUCUGGACCACGGGGUAGCAGCAGUUGGAUACGGGACAUCCAAGGGCCAGGAUUACAUCAUCGUGAAGAACUCCUGGGGUCCAAGUUGGGGGGAGAAAGGGUAUAUCAGGAUGAAGAGGAAUACUGGAAAGCCUGAAGGGCUCUGCGGAAUAUACAAGAUGGCUUCUUUUCCUACCAAGAAGAAGUGAAACAGCUGCUGACAUUAUCUCCUGGCCUGUACUGUCUAAUUUGCAGCAUAUUCAUAAAUAUUUUCUGCUUAAAUCUUUAUGUCAUUGGAGGCUUUCUGUAUUAAUAUAACCAUGUGAUGUAUUUCUUCUUUCCUAAUAAAAAUGCCGAGUUAUGCACUACAAA